ACGCGCCGUGUAUUCGAUUAUUUCAGAAAAAAUAUAUGUAUUUCGAGAAGAGGGAAGAACCCAGGAUCGGUGAAGUGAUCGGUACGAGUGACAGGAUCUUCGAAGGAUCAUUCGAAUGAGUAAAUUUCUACGCGAGAACACGAAAUAGCGGGAAUCUUGGCGGAUUAAAUCAGCGGGUGGACGUCUCUCUUGGAUAUAAACGCCAUUUUGUGAGCACGCAUCGCGACGUAAACAUCAAAACUUUCUAAUCGUGUUUAUCGCUAACGACAAGAGAAUUUUUUAUUGAUCGAACGUAAUAAUAUAAUACGAUAGAUGUGCGAUCGUUUCGGACCGUUGACUCUAACGAGGGUUUACCCAUAUUUCUUCCUUCCUUAGAGACGUUUCGCGCCAAAUCCGGCACAACGCACCUGGCGCAACAUCCCACAAACAGCUGUCCGUAUUCUUGCCGAUUUUUCGUAUAUCCACGAUCGGUCCUCGAUUUUUAUCGUUUAAAGGACGCUCAUACGGCCAGGUAGAUCAUCUCCCUGGGAUCCAUUUAAUAUCCCUAACGUUCGAUCACCGAUUAAUUUCGAUCUCUCCCAUAACCGUUCUCAUAAUGCGCCUUAUGUUUUCAACUUCGAUCACAUUGAAACGAAUUCGUUUAUCGUUUACCUUCAUCGUCAAUUACCUUUGGUCAUGAGUUCCGACGAAAAAUGGCAUAAACGUAUCUUGCUUUUGUAUCAUCCUUUGGACUCUCAUGGAAUUGUAAUUAUUUCAGAAUUAUUAUAAAUGCGUUUGCCCGUGAUUAUGAAUAUGUGUGAUCUAUUUAUUCAAGUGUUGAAAAAUUUCACGUAAGAACAACGACGAAGGGGAAUAACAACUGUGUCUUAUUAUUUGCUUAUAUCAAAUAUUUGUGAAAAGUUGUGUGUUUAUGGAUAAUCUUGCCCGUAUAAACAGUGCUGGAACAAUCGUGCGGUCAAUGUUUACUUUUGUAUUUAUAAUCGAUGUGUUUGACUUUCAGUAUUCCUCUUCCCAGUGCAUCCUUGAAAAAAGAAACGUAUCGACAUGUAGAAAAGAAUUCUAUAAGAUAUUCCUCGAGCGAACGUCUAAUAUUUAAAAAAUCGAAAAUGUGAUACUAACCGGGCUUAAUGGUCGAAGCAAAACAUAAGGAAUGGUAUUCUAUUCUAUUCUCCCUGGAUGUCAGAUAAGCUGAAAAAUGUCUGGUGAUUCAGGAUGGAGUGCUGUUAUCCAUCAUCCUUCAGAAUUAGAAUUACAGAAUUGGAAUUGGGAAGAAAACGAUGGAGAACAGGAAAGAGAACUUCCUUCGACAGUUGAUAUGGAUGCGAUAAAAGGUGGAGGUAGCUGGGAUCCUGCUAAUGGAGCUAAUGGAACUGACUCGAUUGAUUCUGAAGAAGAUUCUGAUUCCGACGAGGAAAGUUCUGGGGGAACCGAGGGUAGCUGUUCUUAUUCAGAUUCAAAUUCAGAAUCCGACGACGAAAGUAGCGGGGAGGAGGAGGAAGGAGAAGACACAGGAUCUAAUUCAGAUUGUACAUCUGAACAUAGCGAGCAAACAUUUUCAAUUCAAGAGACAAAUUUUGAAUCGGGAGCGCUUAAACUAAAGAUCACCAUGAAGGGUCCAAAAAAGGAAGAUAUUGAUAAAAGUAAAUAUGAUAAAAAUCGAAGAAAUAUGACAAAAAAGAUCAAAGCGACGAGUCGUGGAGUAAAAUCUUCAGAAUGUAGCAGCGAUGACUCCGAUUCAUCGGCAAGUCAGAAUUUCCAACACACGCAACAAGCGAUCAUUCAACAAUCGCAGCAACAACAACAACAACAACAACAGCAGCAGCAGCAGCAGCAGCAGCAACAACCGCAGCAGCAGCAGCAGCAGCAGCAGCAGCAGCAACAGCAGCAGCAGCAUCAGCAUCAGCCACUUCAAGAAAUAAACCAAGAAGACUUGGCAGCUAUUUUACCGGAUCAAGAACACGAGGAUGCGCCGUUUGAUGGAUUUGAGGACUCGGAAAGUGGUCGUUUAGUAUCGAAAGCUAUCGAACGUAUGUCGUUAGGAGCGGACUCGGACACUAGUGAAAAUGGUGAUCAAAAUCCUAUACCUGUAUAUAGUUCUUCGCUUUUACAACAAUUCGUCGAAAAGACGGCGCUUUUGUCGGAGCCUCGAAAGAGACGUAGUAAAUUGGGAAAGAAACUCAACGAUACCGAAUAUCCGUGCGUAUCAAACGUUUCACCGGAUUCAGGCAUUCAAUCUGUAGAUAAUAGUCCAUUGCAUUUAGCAAUUAGUCCAGUUAGCCCGCCAGUUCCCACGCAAUCACCUGUACAGCCUAUUGUUCCAAAACCAGCUGUUAAUGUGGAUAGGGUUUUGUAUCCGCCUAAGAGAAAACCAGGUAGGCCGGCUAAGGCCGUAUCGACCCAACCCCGUGGCCCUGGAAGGCCCAGAUUAAAGCCAGAACUUACUGAGAAAAUAGAAAAAGUUGAGAAACAUGAAAGAAAAGUUACGCAGUCGCAGCAAAAGGUCGUCAAGAAAGAAGUUACUCCAGGUAAGAGAGGAAAGGUGAAAACCUUGGCAAAAUCAACGACAGCUCAACAAGAUGCGCCUGCAAUUAAAAGAGUUAAAGAUAAGAAGCCUUUCCAAAAUAAUAAGCGGUCUAGUACAGUGAAAGUUUUACAAGAGAAAGCUAGUAAGAAAAAUGAAAAAGCAUCACCGGCUAGAGUUAAGUGCCUAAGCAGAACGGUAGCGAAUAAAGCUAUGCGAGAAACGACACAAUGUGAUAGCAAAGUUUGUAAAAAAUUAAAACAAGAGAAACCUAAUGUAUCUAAUAAAGGCAUGAUGCCGGUAACGACGCGUCAGAAACAGUCUUCUUGUGAGCGUAAUGCAAGUGAACAAAAAACUUUGCAUCCCAAUAAAAGAAGCUCGAAGGAAAAUAGAAAUAACGUUCCAAGUACGACGAGAAAGCAAAGCCCGUUGAAGAAAUCCGUUCCGCAAACUACGCGGCGCGUUUUAAAAGAAAACAAAUGUAAUAAAAAGAGUAAUUCAACGUUUGAAACAAAUGGCGUAAGCGUCCAAACGUUAAUAUCCUUACCUAUCGGUGAAGUAUUAAAGACGGAAAAUGUAGAAAAUGUAUCUAAUAAGUGUGACAAGGCGACGCAACCGAUACACACUCAUUGUCAUAAGCACCAUCAUCACAAACAUCGUCGGCGAUUGUUAAUGCCACCGAAAAAUCCAAUUCGUAUCGACCCGUGUAUCAUACAGGAAUUAGAAAAGCUGAUCGAGGAGUUUACUAGAUCUUGUAGUUUAGGCAGAAAUAAUAAUAAUUCUAAUCAUACGGAGUUACCACAAAUUUUUCGAGUAAAAAAGCUCACAAAGAAGAGGAAAGGUGAUGUCAGUUCGAACGACGAUCAGAAGUUAAAAAGACGCUUAAAGAAGGAAAAGGUACUUUUGAGCUCAGAUUCAAAAAGCAAUACAAACACGAGUACAAAUUCUAAUCCAAAUGAACAAAGAUUGCCGUUGAAGAAAAGGCAUUAUCAUGUGUCUAGUCCGCAUAGCUCCCAGAGUUCAAAUGCUAGUUGUACCGAUACCAAUCCGAAUGAAUCUAAUUCGACUGAAAGCCAUAUAGAGGAAGCAAUUGAAGCUACGAUAAAUAGGUAUGGCGGCAGUUCAGCGUCUUCUGUUCAUGAGGAAAACGUCGUAAUAACACCGAAAAAGAGACUUAGAGAUAAUGAAAAUGCAGUACCUGAAAAACAAGGAAACAAUUCUGGUGAAUCUUUAGAGGAUAAACCGUUAAAUCAAUUGGAAGUACAACCUCGAAGGAAGAAGAAAAUUGUAAAAGAUCUUAGGGUUACGGUUACGAAGUUGUCAUCCGAAAGUCACGGAUUAUUAACGGAGAAAGUUGAUAAGUCUGAGAAAUCUACGAAUGAGAAAAAUUUGAAGAAUCAUGUAGACAAAUCAAUCAAGUCGGACAAAGUAGUUGCAGAAAAGGUCGUAAAGGUUGAUAAGAAUCAAGCGGAUAAAGUGGAAAAAAUUGAUUCGUCGAUUGAUGAAAAUGAUCAUUUAGAAAAACACAUAAAAGUCGAUGCAGAGGAAAGUAUAACGGAGAAUAGUAACGUGCAAGAGGGUGGGCUUGAGAAAAAGAUUAAACAAGAUAACGUAUUGAAUGUUCCAAAUCCAGUAAAUUCUUCUGCAGCGUUACUUCUUACAAAGAAAAAAAUGCGAAGGCGUAAGACUAUCAAUCGUACGGGCUUUCCUACAUUAAAGAAAAAGAAAAAGAAAAUAUUUACCGCGACUGAUACGACUGUAAUGAAAAAGGGAACUAUUAUACCCGGAACCAAUGCAAUGCCUAAAGAUCAAGAUUCCAUGGAAGGAGAUAUAAAAGAAAGUAAACUGGAUAGCAAAGUGGUAUCCCUGUCAAACGACAAAAUUUCGGAUGGUGUUACAAUUGAAGAUGACAUCAAAGUCAAAAACGGAAAUAAUGCUAAAUCACAGAGUCACGUAGACGUUAAAGAUUUUGAGGAUUCUAAUUCGGGACGUAAUAUAACAUCUAGUAAUAGUGGUUCCGAUGAAAUAUUGGACUCUUGUCCAGGACAAUUGAGAGUACGUAAAGAUCUCGUUGAAUCCGAUAGUAGUACUCCUUCCGAUAAGAUAUAUCCGGUUAAGUUUGAAAAACUUCAAGAUUGUAGAAUUUACGAUGAAAAUGCGUCGUUAGAAGAAUCUCUUGAAAGAUAUACUCAAAAUCAAAGAAUAGCCGAACUUAAUGAGGAAAAUUUAAAAAAGUUAGAACGUGCUAAUGCUCAUAAUAAUGUGAAAAUGGAGCUAUCGGCUUGUUUUAAUAAUAAUCAUAAGAAGAGAAGAGGAUCAGCCAGUCCGUGUAAUUUAACAUUGAGAAAUGCAAAACGCUUACGAGGUGCUGGCUAUGAUACGGAAAGCGACGUUCUUCCUGGCAGUGAUGUAACUAGCGAUGAGCAUGAAACUGGGAAACAAUCAAGUAUACCGCACACUAGGAAGAAACAAUCUAGGUGGAAAAAACGCUAUUUACAAGCAGGCCUUUUUUCCGAAUACAAUAAGGAAGAUGAUUCCAAGAAAAUCUCAACUACCGAGUCUAAUUCUGGGAAGAAUAAAUUAUUGUGUGAUACGAAUGAUCAUUCAUCCGCUUUAUUACCUGCUUCCUAUCAAUGUGGUAAACUUUUACGUCAACGAAAAAUGCCAUUUCAAUUGCCAUACGAUUUGUGGUGGUUACAUACUCAUUCGAGAUUACCAGGUAGAGAUCUAGUGCCAUCUUGGAAUUACAAGAAAAUUAGAACAAACGUUUAUUAUGAUGUCAAACCAACAACUUUAUACGAGGCACAGGCCUGUGAAUGUAAACCAGAAAGUGGUUGUGGCGAUGAUUGCAUUAAUCGUAUGGUAUUCAGCGAAUGUUCCCCGCAGUUCUGUCCUUGUGGUGAGAAAUGUGAAAAUCAAAGAAUUCAAAAACAUGACUGGGCACCAGGACUGCAGAGGUUUAUGACAGAAGACAAAGGUUGGGGUGUAAGAACCCAACAAUCCAUUAAAUCAGGAGAUUUUAUUCUAGAAUAUGUCGGUGAAGUUGUUUCGGAGCGAGAAUUUAAAUCCAGGAUGGCAACAAGAUACGCCAAUGAUACGCAUCAUUAUUGUUUACACUUGGACGGAGGUUUGGUAAUUGACGGUCAUCGUAUGGGUGGCGAUGGGAGGUUUGUUAAUCAUUCGUGUGAACCUAAUUGCGAAAUGCAAAAGUGGAGUGUACAUGGACUACCGCGAAUGGCUUUAUUUGCGUCCAGAGAUAUAAACCCUGGGGAAGAACUAACGUAUGAUUACAAUUUUGCUCUCUUUAAUCCAUCGGAAGGCCAGCAAUGUAGAUGCGGUAGUAGCGCGUGCAGAGGAGUUAUAGGUGGAAAAAGUCAAAGGGUGCCAAGAACUAUUACCUCGAUUCCUUCUCAAAUAGAAUCUACAGAAAGAAGAUCAGUGGGUAGGCCCCGUAAAAAUGUUCGUAAAUCCAACACGGUGCAAUCCACUAAUUCUAAAGGAAUUUGCAAAUCGCGCAAAGUAGGCGAUUCUAGUCUCGUUAAUGCACCUAUGCUGAAACCAAUGUCGCACCAACAACGUUGUUUCGCCCAGCAACAUCAUUGCUUCCUAUUAAGAAACUUAGAGAAAGUAAGACGACUUAAAUCUUCGAUUAAUCAAGUGCAAGUACAAAAUGGUAAAACAAAAUGUAGUAGUACGCAUAAUAUUAAGGAAAAAAGUUCUGGCGAUUCAAAGACGCAAUCGGACGCAUUCUUUUCUCAAUUAACGGCAUUAACGAAUACUAAUGCAAGAACCGUACGUACACGAAGACUUGCACAAGCGCAGGAUGAUCCAGAAGUGCAUAAGACUGCCAAAUUAGCUAAGGUGCUAAAAGAUUUAUACUCUAUAGUAGCAAACGCUAAUGAUGAAAAUGGCCAAUUAUUGUGCACACCAUUUGUGAAUUUACCUGCUAAAAGAAAAUUACCUGAUUAUUACGAAAAAAUACCAGAUCCUAUAGAUUUGAGUACUAUAGAUCAAUGUAUUGGCACCGGCCAUUAUAAAACUGCAGAACAAUUUGAUCAAGAUAUGAUCAGACUUUUUGAUAACAAUGUCAGGUUCUUUGGCAGAACAUCCGAAGUUGGAAUAGCGGCCGCAAGACUUAGAAAAUUAUAUUUGGGAAGUAAACCUGAUUUUGUAGAAGCUAUUACGGAAGCAACGGGCUCACCUCCGUCUCAAGGAUUCUUACCUCCGCGAGGAUCUACCGCUGGAGAAGAAGAUGUUAUCAGAUGUAUAUGUGGAUUGCAUAGGGACGAGGGCCUAAUGAUUCAAUGCGAACGUUGUCUCGUAUGGCAACACUGUGAUUGUGUCAAAGCUGAUACAAGCAUUGAAUCUUAUUUGUGCGAAAGAUGUCAGCCAAGACCGGUUGAUCUAGAGAUACCAUUGGAAGGUGAGGAAGAAGAAGAAGGCAAGAAACAUUAUGUAACCUUAUUGCGAGGAGAUCUACAACUUAGACAAGGAGAUACGGUAUAUGUAUUAAGAGAUACACCUGAAAAGCAUACGUAUAAAACUAUUCAAAAGCCUGAUUACGAACAGAUGGAUAUCUUUAGAAUCGAACGACUUUGGAAAAAUACCGAGGGAGAAAGAUUUGUCUUUGGUCAUCAUUAUUUAAGACCUCAUGAAACUUAUCAUGAACCAACUCGAAAGUUUUAUGAAAAUGAAGUAGUAUGCGCUCCGUUGUACGAAGCAGUUCCAUGUGACCUUGUUGCCGAACGUUGUUGGGUCCUUGAUCCGCAUACUUAUUGCAAAGGCCGACCAGUUGGGUCUACACCAGAGCAUACUUAUGUUUGUGAGUAUCGCGUUGAUCGCGCUGCACGUCUUUUUACAAAAGUUGCCAGAGCCAGACAUCAGGUGUGCACGAAACCUUAUGCAUUCGAAACAUUUUCGCAACGGAUUAAACAUUAUCGCACAUACUUGCCUCACAGUCUUGAUGGUAUUAACGUUGGCACUAAAAUUAAUAAAGAUAAGAAAAAGAAUAAUCAAGAUGCAGAUAGUAAUCAUAAUCAGAAAACGGAGUCAACUGAUAAUACGAAAGUAAAUAGUAAAGAUAAAGCGUCUAAUAGCAGGACUAGACGGAGAUCGAGUGAAAUUUUAACUAUUACGCCAACUGUUACAUCUUAUGCUCAGAGGGAAGAACAGAGAAAGAGACUGAAUAGUAUUCUGAUUAAUUUGUUGCAAAAAAUGCCAAACAAGAAAGAUCCAUUGGAUUUAUCCUUCCUUCUGGAAAGGAACAGACGAAAUCGUAAAAGACCAAUCGGACUCAAUCCGUGACAUUGGAUAAUACAACAACAAUAAUAUUGUGUUAUGUGUAGGUAACAAACUUUUACUACGAUUGGGGUAGAUAAACUGGCUAAUCAGUAGAUAACUCGGAACAGCAAUACGUAAAUGUACUAUUUUGUCCUUCUCUUAAAGAAAAUGUUGAAAAAGCGUUUCCUUUUUCAUACAACCCGUCCAUUCAUAUAAUCUGUAUUGGAAACGUAGCCAUGCAUUACAUUUCCUCGAUAAAUUACAUGAAUUAAGAUGUUUUUAUAUAUUGUUUUCGUGUGUAUAAAAAAGAAAAAAAAAAAAAGAAAAAAAAAAAGAAAAAGAAAAAAAAAGAAAAAAAAAACUAUAGAAAAUUUACCUUGCUCGGAAAUUUUCUACAGUUUUUCUCGUAUUUUUAUGUGAAGGACUGUAUUUUCACUGACACUUUCGAAUCUUUGUAUAGUACUUUUUUAUGAGAAUUUAUUUGAAGAUACGUAAUUGUAAUGAAAGAUUGACUUUAAUUUUGCCAAUAAAAUGUGGCAUAAUAUCCUGGCAUACUGAUACACGAAUAUCAGAUCUGAUUCGAGUUUCAGUGAAAAAAUAGUCGCUAAUUAUUUAUAAAAAAUAAAAUCCCAAAUAGUAUAUCGGAUACAGUUUGUAACUGUUUUGACAUACUAAUGGUGAUUUUCAUAUAAAUAAAAACUAUCUAAAGAUCUACGAUUUCAAAUGCAUAUAAAGCAAAAGAAACGUUAUUCUCUAUCUGGGUGUAGCAGGCUACUUUAAUAUUGAAAAAUUGUAUAGAAUCAUUUGUAAAUCCUUUCAUAGUUGAUGUAGUUAAAUGUACAAAUAAUGAAUUACACAAAGAAAGAGAUCAUACGAAGGAACAAACGAAAAUAAUGAACAUGUAGAUUAAUAGAAGGAAAAGAAGAGAGAGAACGUGUGACAAUUUAUUGCACAAAAGUAAUAUUAUAUUUUUCAUAAAACCCAGUGUCAUUUGAAUUAAGUGUAUAGUAGGUUUUUCAAUUAAUAGAACAAGUUUGACUAAUGUAUUUAAUUUAUCUAUAUGAGUUAUUAAAACUCAAGAGUGUUUAAACAUUGCUAUGAAUUGAAUUGUAAAUAGAUAUAUACAUAUAUAUAUAUAUAUAUAUAAAUAUAUAUAUAUAUAUAUAUAUACAUACACACAUAUACACAUAAUAUAUAUACAUUUAGAUAUAUACAUACGAGGUGUAUUGUGAGAGCACAUUACGACACACACACACACACACACACACAAAUAUGUGACAUCAGCUGCUGCAUGCACACAAACACAAUUUACUAUUUAUUGCUGCAUUAAAAAGUAUGGUAAUCAUGUUA